AUUCGGUAGCAGCAGGUGUGCGAUUGACGUGUGCUAUUAACAUUUGGACAAAACAAUCAAAAACAAUAACCAAUUCUAUCGAAAUUGCCAUGUGUAACCUCAUUCAGGAGUAAAGUUUGUAUGAGCCAAACACAAAAUCAGGAACCUUAAGUUAAAAAAUGUCAGUGCAGGGAGAGCAACCCAUACCUCCAUCGAUAGAAGCGCUGGGGUAUCGGUGGAUAAAGCGGAUAAGUGAAGGUGCAUUCUCGAAGGUGCAUCUGGUAGAAUAUCACAACCGAAGAAACAAUUGUCUCGAAACACUAGCCUGCAAACUGAUUGACACGAAGAAGUGCAGCGAAAAGUUCCGCAAACGAUUCCUCCCAAGGGAAUUGACGAUACUGCUACAUGUGCGCCAUCCGUACAUCAUCCGCGUACAGGCCAUCGUGAAGUGUCGCAGUAAGAUCUGCAUCUUUAUGCGUUUCGCCGAAAUGGGUGAUCUGCUGUCGUUCGUCAUUGAGCAUGGACCACUGGGAGAACCGCAGACACGCAUCUGGUGCCGACAGCUUGCCCUGGCCGUUCAAUAUCUGCACGAGUCGGGCAUCGCACAUCGCGACCUCAAGUGCGAAAACAUUCUGCUGUCCGCGAACCUGAACGUAAAGCUGAGUGAUUUUGGAUUUGCGCGGUAUGUCGCCGAGAAGAAUCGACAACCCCAGCUGAGUACAACUUUCUGCGGUUCGUUUGAUUAUUCGGCGCCGGAAUUGCUGAAGGGAAAACCUUACAAUCCAAAGGCGUCGGACCUGUGGGCACUUGGUGUUGUGCUGUACAUGCUGCUUAACAAAUCCGUACCAUUUAAGGGCAAAACGCGUCAGGUGUACGAGCAGCAAAUGACACGAGCGUGGAAGUUUCGGUCGCGUGUGAAUGAUAAGUUAUCUCCAGAAGUGAAAACGCUCGUCAGGAGUUUGCUCGAACCGAAUCCCUUGAUUCGGUGGACGAUUGAGGAGGUUCUCGUCUCCGACUGGUUGGUACAGGAUCGUCGGCUGAGAUCGUUAAAUGCUGAGGAGUUUUCGGCCCUGGCAGAAGCAAGAAUUUUUGCCCGGUCCUCCAUAGAUAUGGAGCGGGUUAAGGAAAAAUUGCGUCAAAUGGAAAAUGACGAACAGUCGGUGACGGUGAUCAAAGAAACGGGAUCCAAAUUAGGCUUCACCAAGCAUUCCGAUUCGUUGGUGUCUAUGCGCACCUCACUUUUGGACCAGGGUUCGGAUUCUAAGCUACGAAGCAGUAAAUAAAUCUUAAUAACACAUGAUUAAAGA